AUGGAACACGAGAAUAACAAGAAGUUCGGUUCUUUUUCUGAAAUGGAGAUCGAUAUAGCGGAACAGUUGAUUCAACUUAGCAAUAGCAAUGGAGAGACGCAAUCUGGGACAACCUACUUGGAUGAAAAUCGCCAUAGCCAUAGCUAUAGCAGCAAUAGUGUGACUUUGCAAUGGAAGCUGGAAGAGUGUAAGGGCAGUGAUGAUAUUUCACCUUCGUCGCCUGGUGGUGAUUCGGUUGAAGAUGUGUUGGCGGAGAUAGAAGAAGAUGAAGGAUUGAGAAGGAAGAAAAAGAGGAUUCGAUAUAUUGAAGAAUUGUAUAGAGUUACAGAUCCUAUAGUUGUUGUAGCUCCAUUUGAUAAGAAUUAG